UUGCAGUACAUUGAGCUCCAUAGAGACAGCGCCGGGGCAAGUGAGAGCCGGACGGGCACUGGGCGACUCUGUGCCUCGCUGAGGAAAAUAACUAAACAUGGGCAAAGGAGAUCCUAAGAAGCCGAGAGGCAAAAUGUCAUCAUAUGCAUUUUUUGUGCAAACUUGUCGGGAGGAGCAUAAGAAGAAGCACCCAGAUGCUUCAGUCAACUUCUCAGAGUUUUCUAAGAAGUGCUCAGAGAGGUGGAAGACCAUGUCUGCUAAAGAGAAAGGAAAAUUUGAAGAUAUGGCAAAGGCGGACAAGGCCCGUUAUGAAAGAGAAAUGAAAACCUAUAUCCCUCCCAAAGGGGAGACAAAAAAGAAGUUCAAGGAUCCCAAUGCACCCAAGAGGCCUCCUUCGGCCUUCUUCCUGUUCUGCUCUGAGUAUCGCCCAAAAAUCAAAGGAGAACAUCCUGGCCUGUCCAUUGGUGAUGUUGCGAAGAAACUGGGAGAGAUGUGGAAUAACACUGCUGCAGAUGACAAGCAGCCUUAUGAAAAGAAGGCUGCGAAGCUGAAGGAAAAAUACGAAAAGGAUAUUGCUGCAUAUCGAGCUAAAGGAAAGCCUGAUGCAGCAAAAAAGGGAGUUGUCAAGGCUGAAAAAAGCAAGAAAAAGAAGGAAGAGGAGGAAGAUGAGGAAGAUGAAGAGGAUGAGGAGGAGGAGGAAGAUGAAGAAGAUGAAGAUGAAGAAGAAGAUGAUGAUGAUGAAUAAGUUGGUUCUAGCGCAGUUUUUUUUUCUUGUCUAUAAAGCAUUUAACCCCCCUGUACACAACUCACUCCUUUUAAAGAAAAAAAUUGAAAUGUAAGGCUGUGUAAGAUUUGUUUUUAAACUGUACAGUGUCUUUUUUUGUAUAGUUAACACACUACCGAAUGUGUCUUUAGAUAGCCCUGUCCUGGUGGUAUUUUCAAUAGCCACUAACCUUGCCUGGUACAGUAUGGGGGUUGUAAAUUGGCAUGGAAAUUUAAAGCAGGUUCUUGUUGGUGCACAGCACAAAUUAGUUAUAUAUGGGGAUGGUAGUUUUUUCAUCUUCAGUUGUCUCUGAUGCAGCUUAUACGAAAUAAUUGUUGUUCUGUUAACUGAAUACCACUCUGUAAUUGCAAAAAAAAAAAAAAAGUUGCAGGUGUUUUGUUGACAUUCUGAAUGCUUCUAAGUAAAUACAAUUUUUUUUAUUA